ACCAACACGGUGCCCGCGGGCACCAGGUCGCCCGCAAGGACCACAUGAGUCGCCCGCGGGCCUGUUCUAAAAAUAGCUCACCAUAACAACUUACCACUGGGGGCAACUACAAUUGUUAGAAGAGUGUCGGCUAUGUCCGGGAACUUGGCCGAUCAGUUGGAUCAGGAUCUGGCAAAGUGCAGUUGGUUUAGCAUCCAGUGUGACGAGUCCGUCGACAGCAGCAGUACAGCACAGCUGAUGGUCUUUAUCCGGAUGGUAUUUGAUGGUUUCUCCACAAAAGAAGAACUUCUGACACUACUGCCGCUAAAGACAACAACGAAGGGAGUUGACAUCUAUAACGCGGUGAAGGAGUUUUUCGCGAAGAAAAAGGUACCGUUGGAAAAGCUGGUAUCAGUGACUACCGACGGGGCUCCUGCUAUGAUCGGCCGACAUACGGGAUUCAUCGCUCACUGUAAAGGUGACACAGAGUUCCCAAACUUCAUGCAUUACCACUGCAUCAUUCACCAGCAGGCGUUAUGCCCAAACGUGAUCGGCUUCGAGCACGUCAUGACUCCCGUCGUGAAGAUCAUAAACAGCAUCCGCUCCAGAGCUAAACAGCACAGAACAUUCAAGGUGCUAUUGGAGGAGCUGUCAGCUGAAUAUGGUGACCUGCUACUACAUACGGAAAUCCGAUGGCUCAGCAGGGGACGGAUUUUGCUUCGUUUUUUGUCACUUUUGGGUGAAAUCAAGGAGUUCAUGCAAUCCAAAGGGGAAGACACAUCUCUGCUGGAGGACACUGAGUGGACACUUGACCUUGUGUUUUUAACAGACAUUACUGGGAAACUGAACCAUUUGAACUGUGAGCUGCAAGGCAAAGGUAAGACUGUUGCUGACAUGAUAAGUGCUUUAAAUGGAUUUAAAGCCCAGAUGAACAUUUUCUCUGUGCAUUUACAGAGAAAAAAGGUGCUGCACUUUCCCUCUGUGCAGAUGGUGCUGAAAGACAACGCUUCUGCAUCUGAGACUUUUGACAAAGUUGCAGAAAAGUACACUCAAGUCAUAAACCGACUUGGUCAAGAGUUUGAGAACAGGUUUUGUGACCUUGAUCAGCUUGAGCCAUGUGUCUCAUUUGUUUCCAAUCCUUUCAUGAAUGUGGACACAACAUGCAUUGCUGAGCAACUAAGUUCAAUGUUCAGCUUGGAUGCUGGACAGGUGGAAAUCGAAAUUGUAACAUUGCAAAAUCAUGUCCACCUCAAAGCCUAUCUGGGUGCACCAAACUUUUGGUGCCUUGUUGACACAGAAAAGUACAGUGGUGUGUGCACAGCAGCUAUGAAGGUUGCCAGCCUGUUUGGUUCAACCUAUCUUUGUGAAUCAGCCUUUUCUGACAUGAACUUCAUCAAGAACAAACACAGAACACGCCUCUCCGAUGCACAUCUGCAAGACUCACUCAGAGUUGCAGUGUCAAGUUAUACCCCAGAUUACAACACACUGGUGAACAGCAUGCAAUGCCAGGUUUCCCACUAA